CGGCAAAGCACCUCUUUGCGGCCAUACGGGCUCGUUUUCCCAGAACCAGAACUUUCCCGAGCGCUGUAGUUUACUGUAGCUCUUGCGCACUCUCAUUUGGAUUCGCUCUUCUUCGUUCUCCUCUCUGAUUCCAUCAGGUGUCAGAUUCCUUCGACUUAGAUUGUAACUCAUCAUUGAUUCAUUCUUUCACGUUCAGAGACGAUGUUCAAGAAGGCAGUGGAGUCCAAGUCGCACCAGAGAUUGUCUGGUGCUGAUCGAAAGAAGCUAAAACGAACCAUCAAAGAUAAAUUCCCAAGGGCUUCUGAUUCCGAUAUUGACGUCUUGCUUCCUCCUAAGGCAGAAAUAACGGUGGCGAAGUUUCAAAAUCGAGUCCAUGUAUAUGGUGUGGAGGGAGGCUUUCCAAUGUUUUUUGAUGUUGAUGGGCGGGGCUCAGACAUAUUCCCCACAGUUUAUGCUCUCUGGAAGGUCCCUGAGCUAUUACCUGCUUUCAUGUUGAAGGGUGGUGAGGUUUCUCGAUAUGUUAUAGGAGGAGCAGACUUGAUGUUCCCUGGUAUAUAUGUACCUCCUGAAGGUCUCCCAUCAUUUGUAGCAGGAGAACCAUGGGCAGUGAAAGUACCAGAAAAUCCUGCACCAAUUGCGGUGGGGAGUACAACAAUGAGCAGCGCUGAGGCAUUAAAGGCUGGUUUACGUGGGAAAGCAUUAAGAAUAACUCACUAUUAUGGUGAUUUGCUUUGGGAAUCAGUUGAGAAUCGUUAUGUGCCCAAUGCUGGUUUUCUUGAGGAUGCUGUGUUUGAGGAUCCUUCAAUAUCAUCAUCUUUUCAGACUUCUGAUUCAACUGAGGGCGACUGUGGGACUUCAAAUGAUCAACAGAACUGCAGUGUAAGCAAUGAGGCGGUGGAAUCUCUGAAUGUAAAUGAUGCUCCGGCUGACUCUGUCCAUGCCUUGACAACAAAUGAUGACGCAAAUGAUUCCAGAAAUGAAAUGACUGUUGGUGUGGGAGAUUUGAAGUUACAAGAUGUUGACUCUGUUGAUGACCCAAAUGAACAACAUAGUCUAUCCACUGCUGACAUAGAUUCACUGUUGGAUAAGUGCCUUCUGCAGGCAUUGCAUACAACAGUGAAAGAUAAAGACCUUCCGAUGCCUGGAAGUACUCUAUGGUCAAAUCAUGUCUUGCCAUGUAGGCCAUCAGGAGUGAUUUUAGACAUAAAAAAGUCAUCGCACAAGAAAUUGUCGAAGUGGUUACAAGCAAAAUCCACCUCUGGCUUGAUUUCAGUUAAGGAAGAUAAAUAUAAGAAGGAGGCCAUGCUAUUAUCAGUGAAUAGAAACCAUGUUGAUUAUUCAUCCUUUAAGCCAGAAAAAAGGCCAGCUCAAAAAAGUGAUCAGCCCAGUGUUAAUGCUGCAAGUGAAAGUCGCUCACCUAAAACUCUUGAAGUGGCUGAAAUAUAUAAACCAAGUGUACAUGUCAAUCCCAUAUUUUCAGCUGUAGGAGCAGACACGGGGAAAUUUUACAGUGCUUCUGAAGCUUCUGAUAUUGUUUUCAACUACAUUGAAAAAGAAAAUCUUGUGAAGCCAACAAAUAAAUCCAUAGUGGUUCUGGAUGUAUUAUUAUGUGAUGCGCUGUUCAAGGGGGCUAUUAAAAAGGGAACAACAUAUCCUACAGAAAUUCACAAGAAAGAUGUGGGAUCAACAUUUAUAAGCCGUAUGCAAGCUCAUCAUGUUGUAACAAGAGGAAGUGAACAGGUGGUUCGUAAAGGUGCAAUCAAGACAAUUCAAAUAGUGACAGAACGACGGCAAGGUAAUAAGAAAGUGACCAAACUUACCGGAAUGGAAACCUUUCUGAUAGAUGCUGAAGUGUUAGCAGGAGAACUGCAGAAGAAGUUUGCUUGCAGUACCACUGUUGCAGAACUACCAGGUAAGAAAGGAAAUGAAGUCUUGGUUCAAGGUGGGGUGAUUGAUGACUUGGCAAAGCAUUUGAUUGAACAAUAUGGAGUUCCAAAGCGAUUCAUUGAGGUUCUUGAUAAAACCAAGAAAUGAGCUAGAUUGUUGGUCGUUUGCACUGCACUUGCGUUUUGGAAGUCGUGCGAAUUUUGGUACGCUUGUGUGCCUGUGUGUUUGGUUGAGGAGACUAUAAGGAAAAAGAAUUAUAACAUACUCCCAAAGAGCCAUGUUGCCUAUAUACUCUCCAAUCAAAAAACAUUUCGAAUCAAAUACUACAUUUUUGUCUUAAAUUUCUUCCUUCUUUGUCCUUUCCACUAGUUUACUUGAUCUAUAGUGUUUUUAUUGGAAGAAGUUUAAAUCAUGGCAUUUUUGGAGUAUGGAAUAGUUUCUUGAAUGUUAGAGCUAGCUAGAGUUAGAAUGGGAUUGGAUAAAGUUUUCUUUUUUAGACUUAGUCAAGAGUUUAAGGUGUCGUACACUAUUUAACAAAAUUAGUGUUUGCUUAGAAAGUGUUGGUGAAUGUGCAUAUGUUUUAUUAUUUGCAUAGCAAUGCAUGCAAUAUUGGGUUUGUGCUAUUAGUUAAUUAGUUGAAAAGUGAUAUGUAGAAAAGUUAGCUUUUCUCAAGAUUGAGAUAUGUUUUUGAGCAGAGUUCAUGAUAACAUAAUAUUUUUGUAUCUUCCAUUCUGAAAUUUCGCUAUGUCUUGUUUAGAGAAGAAUCAA